AUGGAGAGGAUUUGGGGCAUGCCUGUGGGGAGCCAGCCACCAUCGGAACCGCCGGAUGGGGGCGCUGGGGGCUCCAGGAUGAGUCAGACAGUGACCUUCAAGGAGAAGGUACUGGGUGCCCCGGCUAAGCGGGCGACUGUUCGAGAUCUUAUUAAGGAGGGGGCUAUGACGUUGGAAUUUGAGGGUGGGGAUCGGUUGCUACCCAAAUUCAGCAUCGCGGCACCCACGUUGAAACAGUUGUGUGAACCAUGGGAACAAUGUCUCGUGAUCAAGUUGCUAGGGAGAGAUGUGGGGUUCUUAACCUUGCGGGACAGGCUACCUGCGUUGUGGAAGGUUCAAGGAGGUCUCGAGCUGCUGGACGUGUCAAAUGGCUACUUUAUGGUGAAGUUUGAUUUGGAGGCGGACAGAGAACGGGUCAUGCACGGGGGCCCUUGGAUGCUCUUUGAUCACUAUCUGAUUGUUAGACCAUGGUCCCCAGAGUUCGUAGCUUCAGCAACGAAGGUUGACAGUACUCUCGUCUGGAUCAGGUUUCCAGGUCUCGGGGUUAUGUUCUAUGAUGAGAGUGUUCUCCUAACAAUUGCUUCAGCCAUAGGGAAACCAAUCAAGGUGGAUCUUAAUACCUUGAACAUGACGCGGGGACGGUUUGCACGGGUCUGUGUCGAGAUAAAUUUAAAUGAACCAGUCGUAGGGAGGUUUUUUCUCAAUGGUGUUUGGUAUAAUGUGGAGUACGAGGGAUUACAUUUGCUGUGCUCGUCGUGCGGCUGUUAUGGGCAUGUCCUACGGAAUUGUCCGCAUGCAACCAGGCCUGAGCCAACAGCACACGGCGUCGGUGAACAGGAGGUUACGGAGCAGCAGUCGCAUAGUUCAGUUUCGAGUGCUUCAGCAGGAGAGCAAUCAGCUCCGCAUGUUAGGGGAGAAAUCGCGCCAGAUCCGCAUGGGGAUUGGCUGAUCGUGAAAUGGCGAAAUCGGAAACAUAAUCUUGGAAAAUCGUUUAGCAAUGGGCGAUCUUCAUCUCAUAAUGGGACUACAGAUAUUAAGGAGCUGGAUCGUGAUAUUCCAAAUUACCCCACGAAGGGUGUGCAACUUGAGGCUGCAUCACGUGCGAGUUUUAAAAACCCACGUGAGGUGAGGGUACCUCCACGGGAACAGGGCCAUGCAGCUGGAUCCAUACGUGGUGAUGGGGGCCACGCACCGAAUAGGAAUACACCAAUUAUGGGAUCCAAUAUUGAUAGCAAGAAACGUAGCAGAGGGGAGGAGCUUCGUGACCAUUCACGGCCCAUUCCAGCUAGCGCGAAUACGGAAUCAGAAUUGAAUAAGCAUAAGGCCCGAAGCUCACACACCCACCUUUCUCUCGGAGACCCACGCGUGCACGAGGGAGUGACGGGGAACUUGCACCGGCGUAGGACAAACAGUGUGCCCCAAUCUGGUUACACGAUCAACGAACGUCAUGAUGCCGAGGAUAGUGGACAAGAGAUACCAGGGACAGAGGAUAUUAUGCAAUAUGACCAGCCAUUGGAAGAGGAGGCCAUGAUGGCUUGA